UGUAGCGUUGUGUGCGCAGCGUGAGGCUGCUGCUGGUGCUGCUGGUGAUGCUGAUGAUGCUGAUGAUGAGAGGAGCGCAUGGUACACAGUCCUUCCAACGGAGAUCCAGCGGCUUCAAAGCUGCGCAAAGAACGAUAAACACCGAGCUCAGCCGUCAGCUGUGAAUGCGGUAGCGUCGCCUGCGUUGUUCCUCUCCGAUGAAAGCAAAGAAGCGCCAAACAAAACCAGGAGAGACUCGAAAGUGCGCAGCGGGCACGAGAAAAGAAGUCCAGAAAGGUUUUUAGGUAAAGAUGCCCAAAUGGCUCACGUCGCAAUGGGAUUUGAGUUGAAGAACACGUAACCACUCCAGAAGUCACCCCGGUUCAACUUGAAAAGGCGUUUUUCUUUAUUUUUCAACCGCUGGGAUGUUGUGACCGACUCGUCGCCUGGGACAGAAGGAGCGGGGACGCAGAGGGACGAGAGGGGAACCAGGGGCGGCGGACGAGCACCGGAGGGGGAUUAUGGCUCUCGCAACGUUUUCUCUCAGCCUCGUCACGCUGGCGCUUACAAACUUGCACCUGACGAGAGCCAACGACCGGCAUGCGGUGUACUGGAACAGCUCGAACCUACUGCUACGGAGGGAAGGCUACACGGUGCAGGUCAGCGUCAAUGACUACCUGGACAUCUACUGCCCGCACUACAACACCAGCCAGCGGGGGACGUUGGAGCGCACCGUGGCCGAGCAGUACAUCCUCUACAUGGUCAGCUACCGCGGCUACCGCACCUGCGACCCCCAGCUGGGCUUCAAGCGCUGGGAGUGCAACCGGCCCCACGCGCCCCACGCCCCCAUCAAGUUCUCUGAGAAGUUCCAGCGCUACAGCGCCUUCUCGCUGGGCUACGAGUUCAACGUGGGUCAGGAGUACUACUACAUCUCCACGCCCACCCACCACCACGGCCACAGCUGCCUGAGACUGAGGGUCUACGUCUGCUGCUCCACCGUUUCCCAGGCAGAUGAUGACUCCAGUCAGACCUCUCCCGACUACACAGUCAGGCCAAACAUCAAAAUACACAACAUCGAUGAAUUUAACCCCGAAGUUCCCAAACUGGAGAAAAGCGUCAGCGGCAGCAGCCCCUCACGGGACCGCCUUCUUCUCACCGUGGCGAUGCUGCUCGUGUCUGCCGUCCUUUUGUCCUAGCGACUUGUCACCGCAGGUGACACUUCAUGCAAAGCUGGGACCGCCUUGUCCGACGGGCUUUGUGUCCACCAAGUUUUUGUUGAGAGAGUUGGCAGAAAACACAGACGGAGGUAGAAUAGGGGUGCAACAGAACCACAAUCAAAAGGACACGGAAAUAAAAAAAAAACUUGAACUUCACUUAACUAGACUUUUAAAAUAGGAGAGGCCUUUUUGCUGUUAUAUUUACACCAGUGCAUUUUGACACUCCAUGUGUUGUUGGAUCGUCAUCGUCAUUUCAUGCAGGUGCGACUUCCGUGCCGCUGUCAUGCCUGUCAGCCAACAGGCGAGUGAGAAAGUGGACUUCUAAUGAGUUGGAUAUUGUAGCAUGGAUGUAAAAAAAACACCUGAGGAAUUUAAGCCGCACUGUCUUUUGACUAUACGCUUUGAAGAAAUGUGGACUUUGCAGUGGAUUUUUUUUAGUCCUUUGUUACCACGGAUCGAGUAUGCCGAUGGAUAGAACUCAAUUUAGAUGUAGUAAAGAGCAAGCUGGACUCUGGAACUGUACGGAUCUCACCUGGGCCG